AUGAAAAGAGAGAAAAACAGGAGUCCCCAGAGUCUCCAGUGAAACCUGUGCAACCCCAGAUCUCUCCCUUAACAAUAAACAUUCCAGACAACAUGGCGCACCUGAUCAGCCCUCUCCCGUCUCCCACAGGAACUAUCAGUGCUGCAAAUUCCUGCCCAUCUAGCCCGCGUGGUGCAGGCUCUUCAGGGUACAAAAUGAGUCGUGUAAUACCAUCUGACCUACAUUUAAUGGCUGACAAUUCACAGUCAGAAAAUGACAAGGAAGCAUCGGGUGGUGAUAGCCCAAAGGAUGACUCAAAACCACCUUAUUCCUAUGCACAACUAAUAGUACAAGCAAUUACAAUGGCACCUGAUAAGCAGCUUACACUAAAUGGAAUUUAUACGCACAUAACUAAAAACUAUCCAUACUACAGAACAGCAGACAAGGGCUGGCAGAAUUCAAUACGCCACAAUCUCUCUCUGAAUCGUUAUUUCAUCAAAGUACCACGUUCCCAGGAAGAACCAGGCAAAGGCUCAUUCUGGAGGAUAGACCCUGCCUCUGAAAGCAAAUUAAUAGAGCAGGCUUUUAGGAAAAGGCGGCCUAGGGGAGUACCUUGCUUUAGAACCCCUCUGGGACCACUCUCUUCUAGAAGUGCCCCAGCUUCUCCUAAUCAUUCUGGAGUGUUGUCUGCCCACUCCAGUGGCGUACAGACCCCAGAGAGUUUGUCAAGGGAAGGAUCUCCAGUCCCAAUGGAACCUGAGCCUAGUGCUAUCCAGCCAAAAUUAGCAGUAAUACAAGAAGCACGAUUUGCACAGAGUGCCCCAGGAUCACCUCUAUCUAGCCAACCUGUUUUAAUUACUGUACAACGGCAGCUACCACAAACUAUUAAACCCGUCACCUACACUGUUGCAACUCCUGUGACAACAUCAACAUCCCAGCAGCCAGUAGUUCAGACAGUUCAUGUUGUUCACCAGAUACCAGCUGUGUCAGUCACAAAUGUGACUGGAUUAGCACCAGCAAACACUUACACGGUAGCUGGACAGGCAGUGGUUACACAAGCUGCAAUGGUAACCCAGCCCAAGGUAGAACCUCAAGAGAAUGGAGAUCACAAGGAAGUAAAAGUUAAAGUGGAACCUAUACCUGCUAUUAGCCAUGCUACAAUAGGAGCUGCUAGUCGUAUCAUUCAGACAUCUCAGACCACGCCCUUACAGACAGUUACUAUAGUGCAACAGGCACCUCUAGGUCAACACCAGUUACCAAUAAAAACUGUAACGCAGAAUGGAACGCACAUAGUACCUAUCACCACAGCGAUACAAGGACAGGGCAACACUGCUGCUGCAAGUCCUUUGCAUAUGUUAGCAACCCAUGCAUCCGCAUCAGCAUCUCUUCCAACAAAACGCCAGAAUGGAGACCAGUCAGAACAACAAGAACUUAAACGUAUCAAAACAGAGGAUGGAGAAAGCAUAGUCAUAGCUGUUAAUGUGGACACCCCAUCUGUUGCAGUGAGUGAUCAAGGCAGCCAGAACUAGAAACUUAGUGGAGUUUUC